AUGCCUUCUGCAUCUUUAUUAGUAAAUCUUCUUUCUGCUCUCCUCAUCCCUUUUGUACUUGGAGAAACAGAAAUACAGUUUGCUGGACAAACAGAAUUUGUUGUUAAUGAAACAAGCACAACAGUCAUUCGUCUUGUCAUUGAAAGGGUAGGAAAGCCAGCUAAUAUCACUGCAAUUGUAUCGCUGCAUGGAGAAGACACUAGAGACUUUUUUGACACAUAUGCUGCAGCUUUCAUACCUGUGGGAGAAACAAAUAGGACAGUGUACAUCGCAGUUUGUGAUGAUGAUCUACCAGAACCUGAUGAAACUUUCAUCUUCCACUUGACAUUACAAAAACCUUCAGCUAACGUGAAGCUUGGCUGGCCAAGGACUGUUACUGUGACAGUAUUAUCAAAUGACAAUGCCUUUGGGAUCAUUUCAUUUACUAUGCCUUCGCCAGUCACAGUGAGUGAGCCCAGGGGCAGAAAUGAAUCUGUGCCUCUUAUUCUCAUCAGGGAAAAGGGGACCUAUGGAAUGGUCACUGUGACUUUUGAGAUUGAGGAUGGCCCAAAUGCCCCUGAUGAAGACUUAAGCCCAGUUAGAGGAAAUAUCACUUUUCCCCCUGGCAGAGCAACAGUCAUUUAUAACUUGACAGUUCUUGAUGAUGAGGUGCCAGAAAAUGAUGAGAUAUUUUUGAUUCACCUGAAAAAGGUAGAAGGAGGAGCGGAGAUUAAUAUCACUAGGAAUUCAGUUGAGAUCAUCAUCAAGAAAAAUGAUGGCCCUGUCAGGUUCAUUCAGAGUGUCUAUUUGGUACCUGAGGAAAACCAUAUACUUUCUAUUCCAGUGGUUCGUGGGAAGGAUAGCAAUGGAAAUCUGAUUGGAUCUGAUGAAUAUGAAGUUUCAAUGCAAUACACAGUUCUAACUGGGAAUUCAACAGUACAUGCUCAGCAAAACUUGGACUUCAUUGAUCUUCAGCCAAACACAACCGUUGUUUUCCCACCUUUUAUUUAUGAAGCGCAUCUGCAAUUUCAAAUAAUUGACGACACUAUACCAGAGAUUUCUGAGUCAUUUCACAUUAUGUUACUAAAGAGUACCUUGCAGGGGGAUGCUGUGCUGACAGGCCCUCAGAGUAUACAAGUCACCAUCAAGCCAAAUGACAAACCUUAUGGAGUCCUCUCAUUCAAUAGUAUUUUGUUUGAAAAGGCAAUUGUAAUUAAUGAAGACACAAUAUCAAGAUUUGAAGAGAUCACAGUGGUUAGAAAUGGCGGCACCCAUGGCAAUGUGUCUGUGAGCUGGGUGCUGACACGGAACAGCAGUGAUCCCUCACCGGUGACAGCAGAUAUCAGACCUAGCUCCGGCCUUCUCCAUUUUGCACAAGGGCAGAUGUUGGCAUCGAUUCCUCUUGCCGUUGUUCAUGAUGAGUUCGCAGAGGAGGCUGAAGCUUUUCUGCUUAAAAUUCUGCCUCAUACAAUACAAGGAGGUGCGGAAGUGAGCGAGCCAGCAGAGCUUUUAUUCUACCUUCAGGAUAGUGAUGAUGUUUAUGGCCUCAUAACAUUUUUUCCUAUGGAAAACCAGAAGAUUGAAAGCAGUCCAGAGGAACGCUAUUUGUCUUUGAGUUUUACGAGACUAGGAGGAACCAAAGGAGAUGUGAGGAUGCUUUAUUCUGCACUGUACAUUCCUACAGGAGCUGUGGACCCCUUGAGAGGGAAAGAUGGCAUCUUAAAUACUUCUAGGAGAAACUACCUCAUUUUUCCAGAACAUAAAACUCAAAUUGCUACAAAAUUACCAAUAAGAAAUGAUGCAUUCCUUCAAAAUGGGGCCCACUUCCUAGUACAGUUGGAAACUGCAGUGUUGAUGAACAUAUUUCCCCCAAUCCCACCUAUAAGUCCCAGAUUUGGACAAAUUCGUAAUAUUACAUUACUAGUUACUCCAGCCAUUGCAAAUGGAGAAAUUGGCUUUAUUAGCAACCUUCCAAUCAUUUUACAUGAACCAGAAGAGUCUACUGCUGAAAUGGUGUACAUUCCCUUACAUCGCGAUGGAACUGAUGGCCAAGCUACUGUCUACUGGAGUUUGAAGCCCUCUGCCUUUAAUUCAAAAGUGGUAACCAUGGAUGAUUUGGAUCCCUUUAAUGGCUCUGUUGUAUUUUUAUCUGGUCAAAGUGAUACAACAAUCAACAUUACUGUCAAGGGUGAUGACAUACCGGAAAUGAAUGAAACUCUCACACUUUCUCUAGACAGGGCCAGCGUGGAAAAUCAAGUGCUAAAAUCUGGAUAUACCAGUCGCGACCUAGUUAUUUUGGAAAAUGAUGAUCCCGGGGGAGUUUUUGAAUUUUGUCCUGCUUCCAGAGGACCCUAUGUCAUAAAGGAAGGAGAAGCUGUAGAGCUCCACAUCAUGCGUUCCAGGGGAGCUCUGGUAAAACAGUUCCUGCACUACAGAGUGGAGCCACGAGAUGGUGAAUUCUACGGGAACACGGGAGUCUUAGAAUUUAAGCCCGGAGAAAGAGAAAUAGUGAUCACCUUACUGACCAGACUGGAUGGCAUACCCGAGUUGGACGAGCACUAUUGGGUGGUUCUCAGCAGCCAUGGUGAAAGGGAGAGCAAACUGGGAAGCAUGACAGUCGUCAACAUAACAAUUCUAAAAAAUGAUGAUCCUCACGGGAUUAUAGAAUUUGUUUCUGAUGGUAUAACUGUGAUGAUAAAUGAAAGCAAAGGAGAUGAUACCUACAGUGCUAUUUAUGGUGUGGUAAGAAAUCAAGGCAACUUUGGUGAUGUUAAUAUAUCGUGGGUGGUUAGUCCAGACUUUACACACGAUGUAUUUCCUGUACAAGGGACUAUUUUCUUUGGAGAUCAGGAAUUUUCAAAAAAUAUUACUGUCUGCUCCCUUCCAGAUGAGAUUCCUGAGGAAAUGGAAGAAUUUACCAUUAUCUUGCUUAAUGCCACUGGGGGAGCUCAAGUGGGGAACAGAAGGACUGCCACCCUGAGGAUUGGAGGAAAUGAUGACCCCAUCUACUUUGCAGAGCCUCGAGUGGUAAGGGUUCAGGAAGGUGAGACCGCCAACUUUACAGUUCUCAGGAAUGGAUCUGUAGAUGUUACCUGCACUGUCCAAUAUGCUACAAGGGAUGGAAAGGCUACCGAAAAAGAGGGAGACUUUGUUCUUGCUGGAAAAGGAGGAGUCCUUACUUUUGAGCCUGGAAGUAGAGAGCAGAGCCUAUCUGUAUAUAUUAAUGAAGAUGGCAUUCCAGAAACAGAGGAGCCCUUUUAUAUAAUGCUCUUUAAUUCAACAGGUGAUACUGUAAUAUAUCAGUAUGGAAUAGCUACAGUCAUAAUUGAAGCCAAUGAUGACCCAAAUGGUAUUUUUUCCCUGGAGCCUAUUGACAAAACAGUAGAAGAAGGAAAGACUAAUGCAUUUUGGAUUUUGAGGGAUCGUGGACACUUUGGUGAUGUUUCUCUGGCCUGGCAGCUGUUUCAGAAUGAUUCUGUUCUGCACCCUGGACAGGAGUUUUAUGAAACCUCAGGAACUGUUAACAUUAUGGAUGGAGAAGGAGCAAAGCCAAUAAUUAUUCAUGCCUUUCCAGAUAAAAUUCCAGAAUUCAAUGAAUUUUAUAUCCUGAAGCUUGUGAAUAUUUCAGGUGGGUCUCCAGGUCCUGGGGGCCAAUUAGCAGAAGCCAACCUUCAGGUGAUAGUAAUGAUUCCAUUCAAUGAUGAUCCCUUUGGAAUUUUCAUCUUGGAGCCAGAGUGUUUAGAGAGAGAAGUGGCUGAGGAUUUCCUCUCUGAAGAUGAUCUGUCAUACAUUACCAACUUCACUGUUUUGAGGCAACAGGGUAUCUUUGGUGAUGUAAGAGUAGGCUGGGAAAUCCUGUCCAGAGCAUUCACUGCUGGUUUGCCACCAAUGAUAGAUUUUUUACUGGUUGGAAUUUUCCCCAGCACUGUGCCUUCACAGCCACACAUGCGGCGCCACCACAGCGGAACAGAUGCUUUGUACUUCAGUGGACUCGAAGGUGCAUUUGGAACUGUUAAUCCAAAAUACCACCCCUCCAGGAAUAGCACAAUUGCAAACUUUACGUUUUCUGCCUGGGUAAUGCCCAAUGCCAAUACAAGUGGAUUUAUUCUAGCAAAGGAUGAUGGUAAUGGGGGUAUUUACUAUGGGGUAAAAAUCCAAACGAAUGAAUCCCAUGUGACACUUGCCCUUCAUUACAAAACUUCAGGAUCCAAUGCUACCUACAUUGCCAAGACAACAGUCAUGAAAUAUUUAGAAGAAGGCAUUUGGCUUCAUCUUCUAAUUAUCCUGGAUGAUGGUAUAAUUGAAUUUUACAUGGAUGGAAAUGCAAUGCCCAAAGGAAUCAAGAGUCUCAAAGGAGAAGCUAUUACUGAUGGCCCUGGAAUACUGAGAAUUGGGGCAGGAAUGAAUGGCAAUGAUAGAUUUUCAGGUCUGAUGCAGGACGUGAGGGCCUAUGAACGUAAACUGACCCUUGAAGAAAUUCACGAACUUCAUGCUAUGCCUGCAAAGAAUGAUUUACACCCUGUUUCUGGAUAUCUGGAAUUCAGACAGGGAGAGACUGAGAAAUCAUUCAUUGUUUCUGCAAGAGAUGACAAUGAAGAGGAGGGAGAGGAAAUAUUUAUUCUUAAAAUAGUCUCCGUGUAUGGAGGAGCUUAUAUUUCUGAAGAAAACAGCACAGCAAGACUAAUCAUACAAAAAAGUGACAAUGCCAAUGGCCUGUUUGGCUUCACAGGAGCUUGUAUACCAGAGACUGUAGAAGAGGGAGCCACAGUUUCUUGUGUGGUAGAGCGGACCAGGGGAGCGCUGGGCUCUGUGCAUGUAUUCUACACCAUCUCCCAGAUCCAGUCUGGGGGCAGUGAUUACCUCGUGGAUGAUUUCACCAAUGCCAGUGGAAACAUCACAUUUCUUCCUUGGCAGAGAUCUGAGGUCCUAAACUUACAUGUUCUCGAUGAUGACAUUCCUGAGCUGAAUGAAUAUUUCCAGGUAACCCUGGUGUCGGCUGUUCCUGGAGAUGGGAAACUGGGCUCAACUCCCACCAGUGGGGCAAGCAUAGAUCCUGAAAAGGAAACCACAGAUAUCACCAUCAAAGCCAGCGAUCAUCCGUAUGGUCUGCUGCAGUUCUCCACAGGGCUGCCUCCUCAGCCUGAGGAUGCGAUGAGCCGGCCUGCAAGCAGCAUGCCCCAACUUACUGUUCAAGAAGAGGAUGGAGCAGUCAGGCUGCUGGUGGUCCGGACCCUAGGACUCCUGGGGAGGGUGACUGCUGAGUACAGGACCCUGUCUUUGACGGCAUUCAGUCCUCAGGAUUACCAGAGUGUAGAUGGCACACUGGAAUUUCAACCAGGAGAAAGAUAUAAGUACAUUUUUGUCAACAUCACUGAUAAUUCUGUCCCUGAAUUGGAAAAAUCUUUUAAAGUUGAGUUGUUAAAUUUGGAGGGAGGAGUGCCUGAGCUCUUUAGGGUUGAUGGCAGUGGUAGUGGAGAUGGGGACCUGGAAUUCUUCAUUCCGCCUAUUCACAGACGUGCCAGUCUAGGAGUGGCAUCCCAGAUUCUAGUGACAAUUGCAGCCUCUGACCAUGCUCAUGGAGUGUUUCAGUUUAGUCCUGAGUCGCUCUCUGUCAAUGGAACUGAACCAGAAGAUGGGCACAGCACUGUUUUAUUAACUGUUCAGAGGAGUCAUGGAGCUCUAUCGCAGGUGACUUUGCACUGGAACAUAGACUCCGAUCCUGAUGGGGACCUUGCCCUCACCUAUGGUAACACCACUUUUGAGAUUGGAGAGAUGAAGGCCCACAUCACUGUGGAAAUAUUACCGGAUGACAUUCCAGAACUGGACAAAGCAUUCUCUGUGUCAAUCCUUCGUGUCUCUAGUGGGUCUUUGGGAGUUCUUACUAAUGCCACAUUAAUAGUUUUGGCUAGUGAUGAUCCUUAUGGAGUAUUCAUUUUUUCAGAGGAAAAUAAACCUACUAAAAUUGAAGAGGCAACUCAGAAUAUCACACUGUCAAUAACUAGGUUGAAAGGCCUCAUGGGAGAAGUCAUCGUGUCAUAUGCAACUCUAGAUGACAUGGAAAGACCACCUUACUUUCCACCAAAUUUAGCUAGAGCAACUCAAGGGAAAGACUAUACAUCAGCUUCUGGAUUUGCUGUUUUCAAAGCUAAUCAGUCAGAGGCAACAAUAACUAUUUCAAUUUUGGAUGAUGAAGAACCAGAAAGAUCAGAAUCUGUGUUUAUUGAACUACUCAAUUGUACUUUAUUGGAGAAAGUACAGAACCGUCCAAUUCAAGAUUCUCCUCGUCUUGGUCCCAAAGCAGAAACGAUAGCCCAUGUAAUUAUCAUUGCCAAUGAUGAUGCGUUUGGAACCCUUCAGCUCUCAGCACCUCUUGUUCAUGUGGCAGAAAAUCACAUUGGACCCAUUGUCAACGUGACUAGAACAGGAGGAGCCUUUGCAGAUGUUUCUGUGAAGUUCAAAGCUGUGCCAAUAACUUCAAUUGCUGGUGAAGAUUAUAGUAUAGCUUCUUCAGAUGUGGUCUUGUUAGAAGGGGAGACCAGUAAAGCUGUGCCAAUUUAUAUCAUUAAUGACAUCUACCCUGAGCUGGAAGAAACUUUUCUCGUGCAACUGCUAAAUGAAACAACAGGAGGAGCCAAGCUAGGGGCUGUAACAGAAACAGUGAUUAUUAUUGAGGCUUCUGAUGACCCCUAUGGACUGUUUGAAUUUCAGAUUACUAAACUUAUUGUAGAGGAAUCUGAGUUUAACUCAGUGAAGGUAAACCUGCCAAUAAUUCGAAAUUCUGGGACACUCGGCAAUGUUACUGUUCAGUGGGUUGCCACCAUUAAUGGACAGCUUGCUACUGGCGACCUGCGAGUUGUCUCAGGUAAUGUGACCUUUGCCCCUGGGGAAACCAUUCAAACCUUGUUGUUAGAGGUCCUGGCUGACGACGUUCCGGAGAUUGAAGAGGUUAUUCAAGUGCAGCUCACUGAUGCCUCUGGUGGAGGUACUAUUGGGUUGUAUCGAGUGGCAAGCAUUGUUAUUCCUGCCAAUGAUAAUCCAUACGGUACAGUAGCCUUUGUUCAGUCGGUUUAUCGUAUUCAAGAGCCUCUGGAGAGAAGUUCCCAUGCUAACGUAACUGUCAGGCGAAGUGGUGGGCACUUUGGUCGGCUGUUGCUCUUCUACAGUACUUCUGAUAUUGAUGUAGUGGCUCUUGCAGUUGAGGAAGGUCAAGAUUUACUAUCCUAUUAUGAGUCACCAACUCAAGGGGUGCCUGACCUGCUCUGGAGAACUUGGGUGAACAUCUCAACCCUGGGGAAACCCCAGGAUACCUGUGCAACUUUGUGCCUCAGAGAGCAUGCUUGCUCAGCAUUUUCAUUUUCCAGUGCUUCUGAGGGUCCCCAGUGUUUUUGGAUGACAUCAUGGGUCAGCCUAACUGUCAACAAUUCAGACUUCUGGACCUACAAGAAAAACAUGAGCAGGGUAGCAUCUCUUUUCAGUGGUCAGGCGGUGGCUGGUACUGACUACGAGCCUAUGACAAGGCAGUGGGCCGUCAUGCUGGAGGGUGAUGAAUUUGCAAACCUCACAGUUUCUAUUCUUCCUGAUGAUUUUCCAGAGAUGGAUGAGAGCUUCCUAAUUUCUCUUCUUGAAGUUCACCUCAUCAAUACCACAGCCAGUUUUAAAAACCAGCCAACCAUUGGACAGCCAAACACUUCUGCAGUUGUCAUAGCCCUAAAUGGCGAUGCCUUCGGAGUGUUUGUUAUCUACAGCAUCAGCCCUAACACCUCAGAAGAUGGCUUCUUUGUUGAAGUGCAGGAACAGCCACAAACCUCUGUGGAGUUUGUGAUCCACAGAACCGGGGGCAGCUUAGGCCAGGUGACAGUUGAAUGGCGUGUGGUUGGGGGAACAGCUACUGAAGGUUUAGAUUUCAUAGGUGCUGGAGACUUCCUAACUUUUGCUGAAGGUGAAACAAAAAGGACGGUAACUUUAACCAUUUUAGAUGAUUCUGAGCCUGAAGAUGAGGAAAGCAUCAUCGUUCGUUUGGUGCACACUGAAGGUGGAAGCAGGAUUUUGCCCAGCUCUGACACAAUUACAGUGAACAUUCUGGCCAAUGACAAUGUGGCAGGCAUUGUUAGCUUUCAGACAGCUUCCAGGUCUGUCAUAGGGCAUGAAGGAGAAAUGUUGCAAUUCCAUGUGAUAAGAACACCUCCUGGUCGAGGAAAUGUUACUGUUGACUGGAAAAUUAUUGGACAAAAUCUAGAACUCAAUUUUGCUAACUUUACUGGACAACUCUUCUUUCCUGAGGGAAUAUUGAAUAAGACAAUAUUUGUCCAUUUGUUGGAUGACAACAUUCCUGAAGAGAAAGAAAUAUAUCAAAUUAUUCUGUUUGAUGUCAGGACACAAGGGGUUCCCCCAGCAGGGAUUGCUCUGCUUGAUACUCAAGGAUAUGCUGCUGUCUUGACAGUAGAAGCCAGUGAUGAACCCCAUGGAGUUUUAAAUUUUGCUCCUUCAUCAAGAUUUGUUUUACUACAGGAGGCUAAUGUAACAAUCCAGCUUUUCGUCAACAGAGAGUUUGGGUCUCUAGGAGCUGUCAAUGUCACAUAUGCCACUGUUCCUGGGAUGCUGAGUCUGAAGAACCAAACAGAAGGAAACCUUGCAGAGCCAGAAGUUGAUUUUGUCCCUGUAGUUGGCUUUCUGGUUUUAGAAGAAGGAGAAACAACAAAAGCCAUCAACAUUACUAUACUUGAGGAUGAUGUAUCCGAGCUAGAAGAAUAUUUCCUGGUGAAUUUAACUUGUGUUGAACUUAUUAUGACUCCUUUAACAUCAUUUCCUCCCAGACUAGACUCAGAGGGUUUGACUGCUCAAAUUAUUAUUGAUGCUAACGAUGGCGCCCGAGGCAUCAUCGAAUGGCAGCAUAGCAGGUUUGAAGUCAGUGAAACCUAUGGAAGUCUAACCCUGGUAGCCCAGAGGGGCAGAGGGGCCUCUGGCCAAGUCUCCUUGUUCGUGUAUGCCCAGAAUUUGGAAGCUCAGCUGGGGUUGGAUUACAUCUUUACUCCAAUGAAAAGUGAUGGUUCUGAUGUUUCCAUCAUUUUCACAAAUUACCUGGCUGAUGGCCAAGAACAUUCCCAUAAAGUCAUGAUGACAAGUGUCAUUGUUUUGAUUCCGUUUCGGCAGUGGGAAAUAUCACUGCUUGAAUUAUGUGAUAUUUUGUGUUCACUCAUUAGAGCUUUAAUCACUAUCCUUGCUAAUGACGAUGGCCCUGGAGUUGUGUCCUUUAACAACAGUGAGCACUUUUUCCUGAGAGAACCAGUAGCUGUCCACGUGCAGGAAAGUGUUGCAGUACUGUACAUUGUCCGGGAACCUGCUCAAGGACUGUUUGGAACUGUGACAGUUCAAUUCAUGGUGACAGACGUCAAUUCUUCAGUAGAGUCAAAAGAUUUGACUCCUUCCAGAGGUUUUAUUGUUUUAGAGGAAGGUGUUCGAUUCAAGACCCUACACAUAUCUGCCAUAUUAGACACAGAACCAGAAAUGGAUGAACAUUUUGUCUGCACCUUGUUUAAUCCAACUGGAGGUGCUAGAUUAGGGACACGUGUUCAAACGCUGAUCACAGUUUUGCAAAACCAGGCCCCAUUAGGCUUAUUCAGCAUCUUGGCCGUUGGAAAUAGAGCAAGCUCUAUAGAUGUUGAAGAAUCCAACAGGACCGUAUACCUAAAUGUGUCACGUGCCAAUGGCAUUGAUUUAGCUGUGAGUGUGCAGUGGGAAACAAUACCUGAAACAGCCUUUGGAACAAGAGGAAUGGAUUCUGUCUUUUCCACAUUUCAAAGUUUUUUGAACAAGUCAUCUUCUGGCUGGUGUUUCUUUGCUCUAGAAGAUUUGACAUAUGGAAUAAUGUUAAGAAAAUCAUCGCUGACUGUUUACCGAUGGCAAGGAAUUUUUAUUCCAGUUGUGGAUUUAAAUAUAGAAAAUCCUGAAAGCUGUGAGGCCUUUAUCAUUGGCCUUUCCCCCUACAUAGUGGUUACUCAUGAAGAAAGAAAUGGAGAAAGGCCUUCUGCUAGCAGUGUAUAUGCAUUCACCUCUGAAUUCAAGUUAUUUCUGGUACAAACCAUCAUUAUUCCACGAAGCUCUCAAGUGAGACAUUUUACCUCAGACACUCAAGAUUACCUAAUUAUUGCAAGCCCAAAAGUCGACUCUGAAUUUACUCAGGUCUUCAAAUGGAAUGGAAGAAACUUUACCUUUCAUGAAAGACUCCCUGUCCGAGGUGUGCUGACCAUGUCUUUGUUCAGCCGAAGUGGCUUGGUGUUCUUAGCCGUCACCCCAGCGAAUACUCGUCUAAAUGCCUCAUUAUUUAGGUGGUCUGGAAGUGGGUUUGUUAACUUCCAAGAGGUGUCCAUCAAAGGGACAACACAAGUUGAGGCUUUGUCUUCUGGUGAUGACGUUUACUUGAUUUUUAUAAAAAAUAUCCUUGAAGGAUAUCAGAACUUAGUUGAUAUUUUCAUCUGGGAGAUGGGACAAUCUUCGUUCAGACAUUUUCAGUUCUUGGAUUUUUCUCCUGUUGAAAGAAUCCAUUCCUUUAUACCAGCCUCAGGAAUAGCCCACAUACUUUUAAUGGGCCAAGAAGGGUCUGCCCUUUACCGCUGGAAUUCAGAGUUGAAUCAAUUCACUUUUGUUCUGGAAGUACCCUCUGCCCGUGAUGCAGCUUCAGUUGUAGUAAAGUCUAUUAAUUCAAGCAAGAAUUUAAUUGCUAUGGCAGGAACUGUGCACUCUCAUGUAUAUGAACUGGCCUAUAUUUCCAGUCAGUCUGACUUUAUUCCCAGUUCAGGUGAACUGAUAUUUGAACCUGGUGACAAAGAAGCUACCAUAACAGUAAAUAUCCUCGAUGAUGUAAUUCCAGAAGAAGAAGAAUCCUUCAGAGUUCAGCUUAAAAAUCCCAAGGGAGGAGCAGAGAUUGGCAUUCAUAGUUAUGUGACAAUAACUAUCCUGUCUAAUGAUGAUGCUUAUGGAGUUGUUGCAUUUGCUCAGAACUCAUUAUAUAAGCAAGUGGAAGAAUUGGAACAAGAUAGCUUAGUAACCUUGAAUAUUGAACGCUUAAAAGGAACUUAUGGUCGUAUAACUGUAGCAUGGGAAGCUGAUGGAAAUAUUAAUGAUAUAUUUCCCACCUCAGGAGUGAUUUCAUUUACUGAAGGACAGAUGCUGUCCACGGUCACUCUGACAGUUCUUGCUGACGAUUUGCCAGAGUUAUCAGAAGUUGUGACAGUAACGCUCACAGGUGUGACCACAGAAGGGGUUGAGGACCAGACAAAAGGUGCUAUGAUUGAUCAGAAAAGAAAGAAGUCUGUGAUAACGACCCUUCCCAACGACUCCCCCCACGGUGUGGUGGGCUGGCAUGCUAACUCACUGUUCACCAGAGUGACAGAGCCUAUAGAGAACAUCACUGUGCUUCAGUUACGAGUUGCUCGAGAUAGAGGUCUCCAAGGGGAUAUUGCUAUUCACCUGAUGGCUACACCCAAUUUCUUACUGCAUACCAAUCAUCAAGCUACUGAGAAUGAGGAUUAUGUGUUGCAAGAAACCAUAAUAAUAAUGAAAGAAAAUAUGAAAGAAACUCAUGCCAAAGUUGCCAUUUUGCCAGAUGAUACUCCCGAGUUGGAGGAAGGCUUUAUUGUCAUUAUAACUGAUGUGAGCCUGGUGAACUCCGACCUCUCUGCAGAGCAGCCUCGUGUGCAGAAGCCUCGCAUGGAAAUAGCUGAGAUACUGAUUGAAGAAAAUGAUGAUCCCAGAGGAAUUUUAAAGUUUCAUGUUAACAGAGAUAUUGAUGGUGUUAUCACUGCCUAUGAAGAGCCUCCUCCCUUCAAUGUUCUUCGGGUUCCUGUGAUCCGGCUGGCAGGAAGCUAUGGGUCACUAAAUGUUUACUGGGAAGCAACACCAGACAGUGCCAGUUUGGAAGAUUUUAAGCCAUCUCAUGGCACUCUUGAAUUUGCAGAAGGCCAAGUUACUGCCAUGAUAGAAAUCACCAUAGUUGAUGAUGCUGAAUUUGAACUCAGGGAGCUCUUCAGUAUCUCCUUAACCAGUGUGGCUGGAGGCGGCAGACUUGGUGAAGAUAUUGUGGUUAUGGUUGCUAUUCCCCAGAAUGACUCUCCAUUUGGAAUAUUUGGAUUUGAAGAAAAGACUGUAACGAUUGAUGAGUCCCUUUGGUCUGAUGAUCCUGACUCUUAUGUGACACUCACUGUUGUUCGGUCUCCUGGAGGAAAAGGAGCUGUGCGACUCCGCUGGAUUGUGGAUGAGAAGGCCAAGGACGACCUCCAUCCUUUGAAUGGGACCCUUGAUUUUGAUGAGGCUGAGUCUCAGAAGACCAUUGUGUUGCAUACCCUUCAAGACGCCUCACUUGAGGAGGACCGGCGUUUCACUAUCCAGCUCGUCUCAGUCGAUGAGGUAGAAAUAUCGCCAAUAAAAGGUAGUGCAUCAAUCAUCAUCCGAAGUGAUAAAGGAGCAUCAGGAGAAGUUGGCAUAGCUCCAUCAUCUAGGCACAUCUUGAUUGGAGAACCCUCAGCCAAAUAUAAUGGGACUGCUUACAUCAGCCUUGUUCGUGGCCCUGGUUCUCUGGGGGAGGUCACAGUAUUCUGGAAAAUAUUCCCUCCGACUGUCGGAGACUUUCUUGAAACAGCAGGAAAACUGACCCUGCAGGAUGGGCAGUCUGUGGCCACUGUAGCAAUACAGACUUUGGAUGAUGACAUUCCAGAGGAGAAGCGUUCCUAUGAGUUUCGGCUCAUGGCAAAUGAAGGAGCUGAGCUGAGUGUCACCAGCCAUUCUGCCAACAUCACCAUGGUGGCCAGUGACUCCCCCUAUGGCCAGUUUGCAUUUGCACAAGAGCAACUCCAAGUGUCAGAGGAAACACAGGAGGUCAACAUCACCGUUGUCCGUUCAGCUGGACACUUUGGCCUGGUGGUGCUCACAUACGAGACUGUUAGCAGGACAGCGGAGGCAGGCUUGGAUUUCGUGCCCAUGUCAGGAGAGCUUGUCUUUGAGGCUAGGGAGGUGGCAAAAAGUCUGCGUGUUGCAAUCCUUGAUGAUGACCAACCUGAAGGCCCGGAGGACUUUUCUCUCACAAUUACAAAGGUGGAUCUCCAGGGAAGUGGAUAUGAUUUUACCAUUCAAGAAAAUGGACUUCAGCUAGAUCAACCUCCUGAACUAGGAACCAUCUCCACUGUUCAAAUCAUCAUCCUACAAAAUGAUAAUGUGGAGGGCAUCAUUGAAUUUGACCCAAAGUAUACUGCCUUUGAAGUGGAGGAAGAUGUGGGGAUGGUUGCCAUCCCGGUGCGGAGGCUGCGUGGAACUUACGGCCGAGUGACAGCUGACUUCAUCUCUCAGAGUGCGUCUGCUCUUCCUGGAGGAGUGGAUUACACAUUGCAUGGCAGCUCUGCUACCUUCCAACAUGGGCAGAACUUAAGUUUUAUACAUGUCUCCAUCACUGAUGACGAUGAGAGUGAAUUUGAAGAAGCAAUUGAAAUUCUCCUCACUGGGGCUACUGGUGGAGCGGUCCUCGGGCGCCACCUUGUGAGCAAAAUAACCAUUGCCGAGAGUGACUCUUCGUUUGGCAUUGUUCGGUUUCUCAAUCAAAGCAAAAUCUCGAUUCCUAACUCCAAUUCCACGAUGAUUUUAUCCUUGAUGCUGGAGAGGACUGCAGGACUCUUGGGAAAUAUCCAGGUGAACUGGGAGAUAGUAAGACCCGAUUCUGAAGAAGGUUUACUGCUCCAGAGCGGUGACUUUGCAGAGCCAGUGAAUGGCACCUUUUAUUUUGAAGAGGGAGAAGGUGGAGUGAGAACCAUAAUCCUGACUGUCUAUCCUCAUGAUGAAAUUGAAGUUGAAAAGACUUUCACAAUUCAACUUACAGUUGUGAAAGGAAAAGCUACAUUGGACUCCAGAGCUAAAGAUGUUACAUUAACAAUACAAAAGUUUGGUGACCCCAAUGGAAUUGUGCAUUUUGCUCCUGUGUCUUUAUCUAAGAAGAUCUACACAGAGCCACUGGCAGAAGAUGGGCCCCUUGUCAUCACACUAUUUGUCAAAAGAGUCCAAGGCACCUUGGGUGAGAUUAAGAUUUACUGGGAAUUAAGUAGUGACUUUGACAUCACUGGAGACUUCUUAUCCACAAAUGGGUUUUUCACCAUGGCUGAUGGAGAGAGUGAAGCAAGCUUUGAUGUUUACUUGUUGCCAGACGACACCCCUGAGAUCGAGGAAGCCUGUGUGGUCCAGCUUGUUUCUGUGGAGGGAGGAGGGAAACUGGAUCAGGAGAAAUGUAUCACGUGGUUCUCUGUGUCUGCAAAUGAUGACCCGCAUGGUGUAUUUGCUCUGCGUCCAAAUCAUCAAUCCAUUCUCAUUGGGAAGAACUUUAUCAGAUCCAUCCAAAUCAAUGUAACCAGGCUUGCUGGAACAUUCGGAGAUGUAGCGGUUAUAUUUCGAAUAUCAUCCGAUGAUAAAGAAGAAGUAAUCGCCCCUGAAAAUAUGGAGGGGCAGCUGGUGGUCAGAGAUGGUACUAGAUACAAAGUGGACACAGUGCCCAUCAAGAGUCAGAUCUUCCUCUCACUGGGCUCUAAUUUCACCUUGCAUCUGGAAGCGGUGAUGCUGGUGAGUGGACGUGUCUAUGGCAUGCCAACAAUUCUCCAGGAAGCAAAGUCAGCUGGCCUUCCCAUCCCAGAGGAAGCUGCCAACUCCCAGGUUGGAUUUGAAUUCACUGCUUUUCCACUCAUGGACAUUGCUACUGGCACAAGCCAAGUGACAGUUUCUAGGAGAGGCACAUAUGGCCCUCUCUCAGUGGCCUGGACUUCUGGAUAUGCCCCUGGGGUAGAAAUCCCUGAACUUGUUGUUGUUGGCAACAUGACCCCGGUGCUGGGGAGCCUUUCAUUUUCCCAUGGUGAACGAAGCAAGGGAGUUGUGCUGAGGACAUUUCCCCACCCUGGUCGUCCAGAGGCCUUUGUCCUUCACCUGUCAGGAGUGCAGAGCCGAGUUCCAGGUGGAGCUCAACUUCGAUCAGGCUUCACAACUGUUGAAAUUGAACCAAUGGGAAUCUUCCAGUUUUCCCCUAGUUCAAGGAGCAUCACAGUGUCAGAGGACACGCAGAUUAUCAGAUUACAUGUGCAGAGACUGUUCGGGUUCCACAGUGAUCUUAUUAAAGUUUCCUAUGAGACAAAGGCUGGAAGUGCCAAGCCACUGGAAGACUUCGAGCCGGUUCAGAAGGGGGAAGUGUUUUUCCAAAAGUUCCAACCUGAGGUUGAUUUUGAAAUAACCAUCAUCAAUGAUCAGAUUCCUGAGACUGAAGAAGAGUUUUACGUUAAUCUUACUUCAGUAGAAAUUACAGGAUUACGAAAGUUUGGUGUUAAUUGGAGACCACGCCUGAAUCUCAAUCUCAGUGUUGCAGUGAUUACAAUAUUGGACAAUGAUGACAUCAUGGGAACAGAUAUUUCCGUGCCUACAGCAGCAGCCAAUCCUACCACGCUGAUUCCUGUAGAAACUGGCUCCAUCACAUAUCCUGGCACAGACAGGGUAACUGCCAUUCAACAUACCACAGAGAUAGUUGUCAUUGUUACUGAGGCAAUCAAUGAAUCUAUCACCCCUGAGAAAAUUGUCACCCUUCCUGGUCCAUCAGCCAUGCCUGAGAAGCCCGAUGCAACUAUUGGAAUGGAGAAUGCAUUUGAUACUUUCAUGCAUGGGACUUUUAGCCUAAGCCCCCCUAUUGUUUAUGUGGAUGAGGAGAUGAAGAAUGGCACAUUCAGUGCUGCAGAAGUUCUGAUCCAAAGGGCCGGUGGGUUUACUGGCAACGUCAGCAUCACGGUUAAAACUUUUGGCAAAAGAUGCGCUGGGGAGGAUCCCAACAUGUUGCCUUUUCAGGAUGACUAUGGAGUUGCCAACCUAACAUGGGCGGUUGAAGAGGAAGACUUUGAAGAACAAGAACUUAGCUUUACAUUUCUAGAUGGAGAAAGAGAACAUAGAGUGUCCAUUCCCAUUCUGGAUGAUGAUGAGCCCGAGGGGCAGGAAUUCUUCUACGUGUUUCUCGCAGACCCUCAAGGGGGAGCGCAGGUUGCAAAGGGAAGGGAUGAUGCUGGGUUUGCAGCUUUUUCCAUGGUUAUUAUUUCAGGGAGUGAUCUUCACAAUGGCAUCCUGGGCUUCAGUGAGGAAUCCCAGAGGGGCCUGGAACUAGGGGAAGGAGCUGAAAGAAGACAACAUCUUGUUGUCACAAGGCAGCCAAACAGGGCGUAUGAAGAUGUCCAGGUCUUUUGGAGAGUCACAUUUAACAAAACAGCCAUCAUUCUCCAGAAAGAAGAGGCAAACCUAAUGGAUGAACUUCUGUUUGUGUCAGGAACCACAACCUGUAUCAUGGGUCAAACACAAUGCCUUAUCACGCUUGAGCUCAAACAAGAGAAGAUACCCCAAGUUGAAAUGGAUUUUUUUGUUGAGCUAUAUGAAGUAACUUCUGGAGCAGCAAUAAACAACAGUGCUAGAUUUGCUCAGAUUAAAGUUUUACAGCAUGAUGAACCUAGAAGCCUCAUGUAUUUUUCUGUGGGUUCUCGGCUGGCCGUGGCUCAGAGGAAUGCUACUUUGAUCAGCUUGCAGGUGUCCAGAGAUUCUGGGACACAGUCAAUGAUGUCUGUGAGCUUUAGUACCCAGGAGUUAAGGAGUGCUGAAACCAUUGGUCGUACUCUCUUAUCUCCAGCUGUUCCUGGGAAAGAUUUUGUGAAAACCGAAGGCACACUAGUCUUUGAACCUGGCCAGAGAAAUGUCAUGUUGGAUGUCAUCUUAACACCAGACACAUCAUCUUUAAGUCCAUUUCCUAAACGCUUUCAGAUUGUGCUCUUUGACCCAAAAGGUGGCGCUAGAAUUGAUCAUGCCUAUGGGUUGGCCAAUAUCACCCUUGUCUCAGAUGCAGAUUCACAGGCCAUGUGGGAGCUAGAGGACCAGCUCCACCAGCCCCUGGAUGAAGUCAUUCUUAACAGGGUGCUUCACGACAUCAGCCUGAACGUGGCCACAGAGAGCACGGAUGAACAGCUCAGUGCUGUCUUGCAUUUGAUAGAAAAGAUAUCUGUUGAGGGAAAAUCUCAAGCUUUCAGUAUGGAAAUCCGAACUCUUUUCUAUGACAUUCUUUGUGCUCUUGUUAACCCAAAGCGCAAGGACACUCGGGGAUUCAGCCACUUUGCUGAUGUGACUGAGAGUUUUGCCUUUUCUCUGUUGACAGAUGUUACCUGUGGCUCUCCUGGGGAAAAAAGCAAAACCAUCCUUAACAGUUGUCCCUAUUUGUCAAUACUGGCGCUUCACUGGUAUCCUCAGCAAAUUAAUGGGCACAAGUUUGAAGGAAAGGAAGGUGAUUACAUUCGGCUUCCAGAAAGGUUAUUGGAUGUGGCAGAUACAGAUAUAAUGGCUGGGAAAAGUACAUGUAAAUUCAUCCAGUUUAUGGAAUACAGCAGUCAGCAGUGGUUUGUAACUGAAAACAACCUUCCUGCUCUGAAAAAUAAGGUGCUCUCUGUGAAUGUGAAAGGUCAGAGUUCACCACUCCUGUCUAACAACAAUGAGGUUCGGUAUAGGAUUUAUGCUGCUGAGCAGAGGCUUAUUCCUGAGACGGCUCUCUGCCUCCUCUGGAAUCGGGCUGCUGCAAGCUGGUUGUCUGACAGUCAGCUUUGCAGAGUGGUGGAGGAUGCUUCCGACCAUGUGGAAUGUGCCUGUUCUCACAUGUCCCUGUAUGCCGUCUACUCCCAGACUGACAACUUGUCUUCGUACAAUGAAGCCUUUUUUUCCUCUGGAUUUAUAUGCAUCUCAGGUCUUUGCUUGGCUGUUCUUUCCCACGUCUUCUGUGCCAGGUGCUCCAUGUUUGCAGCUAAGCUUCUGACUCAUAUGAUGGCGGCCAGCUUGGGUACACAGAUUGUGUUCCUGGCAUCUGCAUAUGCAAGUCCCCAACUCACCGAGGAGAGCUGCGCAGCCAUAGCUGCUGUCACACAUUACCUGUAUCUUUGCCAGUUCAGCUGGAUGCUCAUUCAGUCUGUGAAUUUCUGGUAUGUGCUGGUGAUGAAUGAUGAGCACACAGAGAGGCGAUAUCUGCUGUUUUUCCUUUUGAGUUGGGGACUGCCAUCUCUUGUGGUGAUUCUCCUUAUCAUUAUAUUGAGAGGAAUCUAUCAUCAAAACAUGCCACAGAUCUACGGACUUGUUCAUGGUGACCUGUGCUUUAUCCCAAACACCUAUGCAGCUCUGUUCACCGCAGCUCUGGUCCCUUUAAUGUGCCUGGUGGUGGUGUUUGUGGUAUUCAUCCAUGCCUACCAACUGAAGCCCCAGUGGAAAGCAUACGAUGACAUCUUCAGAGGAAGAACCAACGCUGCAGAAAUUCCACUGAUUCUCUACCUCUUUGCCCUGAUUUCUAUGACGUGGCUUUGGGGAGGACUGCACAUGGCCUACAGACACUUCUGGAUGUUGGUUCUCUUUGUCAUUUUCAACAGUCUGCAGGGACUUUAUGUCUUUGUGGUUUAUUUUAUUUUACACAACCAAAUGUGCUGCCCUGUGAAGGCCAGCUACACCGUGGAAAUGAAUGGUCACCCGGGACCCAGCACAGCCUUCUUCACCCCUGGCAGUGGAAUGCCUCCCACUGGGGAAGAAAUCAACAAGUCCACGCAGAAUCUCAUCAGUGCUAUGGAAGAGGUGCCACCUGACUGGGAGAGAGCAUCCUUCCAACAAGCCAGUCAGGCCAGCCCUGACUUGAAGACAAGUCCUCAAAAUGGUGCCUCGUUCCCUUCCUCUGGAGCAUAUGGCCAGGGGUCACUAAUUGCUGAUGAAGAAUCCCAGGAGUUUGAUGACUUGAUAUUUGCAUUAAAAACUGGUGCUGGUCUCAGUGUCAGUGACAAUGAAUCUGGUCAAGGCAGCCAGGAGGGAGGCACGUUGACUGACUCACAGAUCGUGGAACUCAGAAGGAUACCCAUCGCUGACACCCACCUCUGACAGCCUCACUAA